AUGCGAGUGGUCGUCCAGAUCCCUGUUCCCUGCGCAAUCACCUUCCGAUGCGAGUGGUCGUCCAGAUCCCUGUUCCCUGCGCAAUCACCUUCCGAUGCGAGUGGUCAUCUAGAUCCCGUUCCCUGCGCAAUCACCUUCCGAUGCGAGUGGUCGUCCAGAUCCCUUUUCAUUGCGCAGACACAUUUCGAUGCGAGUGGUCAUUAUGUUUUCUUUAGCGAUUGCAGACACUUUCCGAUACGAGUGUUCAUCCAGAUUCUUUUAGCCUGGGCAGACACCUUCCGAUGCGAAUGGUCAUCUAUAUCCCUGUUCCCUGCGAAGCCACCUUCCGAUGCGAGUGGUCAUCUAGAUCCCUGUUCCCUGCGCAAUCACCUUCCGAUGCGAGUGGUCGUCCAGAUCCCUUUUCAUUGCGCAGACACAUUUCGAUGCGAGUGGUCAUUAUUGUUCAUCCAGAUUCUUUUAGCCUGGGCAGACACCUUCCGAUGCGAGUGGUCAUCUAGAUCCCUGUUCCCUGCGAAGCCACCUUCCGAUGCGAGUGGUCAUCUAGAUCCCUGUUCCCUGCGCAAUCACCUUCCGAUGCGAGUGGUCGUCCAGAUCCCUGUUCCCUGCGCAAUCACCUUCCGAUGCGAGUGGUCGUCCAGAUCCCUUUUCAUUGCGCAGACACAUUUCCAUGCGAGUGGUCAUUAUGUUUUUUUAGCGAUUGCAGACACUUUCCGAUACGAGUGUUCAUCCAGAUUCUUUUAG